AUGAUUGUAAUGGCAGAUGAUAACAUACAAUGGCUAGCGCUAUUCGCAUACUAUUCCUGGUUGGCAUUGAAUUUAGAAGAAUUGUCAGCAUCUGCUACAAUAUCGGUGAUUCCUGAACCUACCUCUCAAUCAGAUUAUACAACUGCUCCAGUUGUGUCGCUAGACUCGAAAACGACUGUUGGUGUCGAAAUCACAACUAUUGGCUCUGCUGUAUCACUUGGACAAACUUCAAUGAUUGAUAGGCAGCCAGUGACUACUCAGUGGUUCUGCGAUGAAAAAGAGUUUAUUACUUAUCUUAUCGCAACAAAAUCAGUUAGAACAGCACCUAUGGAUAUCUCAAACACGGAUGAUUUUAUUUCCAAAGGCGUUGAUUUCACUAACGAACAAUCAAAAAUAAUAAUUGACAUACCCCAAGAUGGUGCCAUUGUUCGUGAUGUAAAAUUGUUUUCGACCAAUGCUGCUCAAAUUGAAGUUAGCUUCCAGAGAAAAUCAGGUAUCCAAACAGGCCUAGUUCGAGGUGCACCCACAGCGUUGCAUACAGAUGAAUUCCCUGCCGAAAAAGUUAACAAAAUUGCUAUAACAGUGAUAAAAACCAAUGAUGAUUACGCAGCGGGUGGUGUCACACUGUCAAUAGUAGUAUGCGAUGAAACGACUGCUGCAACAAAAUUACAAUCACAUACAACUUUGGUAUCGAUUCCAAAAACAGUUCCCCCAACGACGGUAACGAAAUGUGCUGAAAUGGAGUUGAUAGGUAUACUUAUUUCAACGAAUGCUAUCAUCGUAACACCCGAAGAUAUUUCUAAUAAAGAAGAUUUGAUUAGAAAUAGUGUCACCUUCACACAACACAAGCCUAUAUUCGUCAUUGAGCUUCCGAACGCCGGCAUGAUUAUCCGUGAUCUACGAUUGGAUUCCAUCAAUGUUCAUCAAAUUAACGCAAUAUUCAUAGGCCAGUCAGGAGAACAAUUGGUAGAACUCAAAAGUAAUCCAAAUAAUUUACAAAAAGAUCAGUUACCAACAGAAAAAGUGAAGCAAAUCAUACUCACUUUGGCAGAAACAAAAGGAGAAAAACCACCAGCAGGCGUCACUCUUUCCAUCAUAGCUUGCGACGGAGGUCACGCCACAGUAAAAGUAAAGCCUGGGACACAAGGGACAAUGACUACAAGGCCUUCAACUACAGAGUCAACUAGUUCAGAGAGCACCGAAGAAACACCACUCGUCCGAGAAACCACACCAGCCAGCGCAGAAACAACAGUCACGCGUGAAACGAAACCCCAAACCACACAGCGAGCAUUCACCCGCGAAACGAUACCCGCCACCAAAGAAACCACAGUCGCUCGUGAAACGAAACCAGCUUCCGAAGACCCAACAUCUGUUCACCAAACGAAAGCAGCUACCACUAGAACAACAACUGAACGUGAAGUCAAGACAACACACGCUGAUGUCAAGACAACUCACGGUGAAGUCAAGACAACCGAAGAAUCUACACAAGGAACAACACGUAAAGUCGUUAAAACAACCGGUGAGACAGCUGGAACUGUUCUAACAACUGGCGCCACCACAUCUCAGCCAGCAGAAACCACAACAAGGUUCCAUUGCAAGCACAUGGAGUAUAUCGAUCAAUUGAUUGCAUCAAAUUCGGUUACCAUAGCCGCAGAGAACAAAGCUAAGAAAGAAGACCUUAUCAAGCUCGGUGUCGACUUUGUCGAACUAAGUCCAGUCAUAGUGAUCGACAUUCCAAAGAACGGUGCCAUCGUUCGAGACGUUAAAGUGACAUCUAGGAACGUCGCUGCAAUCGUGGUGAUUUUGACAACAGUUGAAGGUAAAACUUUAUCGCCAAUACGUGGACAUCCAACGAGCCUGCCAAAUCAUGAGUUCCCAGCUGAACUUGUGACCAAGAUUGUUAUCCAAAUCGUCGAAACAACAGACAAUCAUUCACCAAAACAAGUUACUCUCUCAGUUGUAGCAUGUGCCCCACGUGUCACAGUAGGCACUACUGAAGGAACAACAACUCAAGGUGCAGACAAGACAACUCACGGUGAACACAAGACAACAUCCGAAGUUGCAGGAUCAGUAUCAACAACAAAAGGAACAACAACUCGCGGUGAACCCAAAACAACAUCCAAAGUUGCAGGAUCAGUAUCAACAACAAAAGGAACANACCAAGAUUGUUAUCCAAAUCGUCGAAACAACAGACAAGCAUUCACCAAAACAAGUUACUCUCUCAGUUGUAGCAUGUGCCCCACGUGUCACAGUAGGCACUACUGA